AUGGUCGUGACGGUGGUGGCUGCGGCGGUGCUGGUAUGCUGCAAGUUUGGAAGCUGCAGUCUCUAUGAUGCCAAGGUCCUAGAUGAUGUGCUGCUUCAUCGUGUUCGGGCGGAGUGUGUUAGUGCGUUUGCCGAUGCUUCGCGAAGGAGAGCGGUUGUAGACACAGAUGCCAUGCCUUUCCAGUUUCCGGCGGCGGGCUUCUUGGAGGAGACACUGGCAGGCAUGUUUGGAGCGCCACAGUCAUCGUCCCCACCCAGCAAGAACUGGAACCGACUGCAGGCCGCGACGAACACGGAGGCCUGCCAGGCCAGCUGCAGAUCCCUGGCCUGGGUUGCAUUGGGCCAUGUUUUCCAGAGCAUGGCUCCGGAGUGCUUCCCCGAGAUGCGGUCCCAGUUGGCCAAGAGCUGGUUCGACCUCACCUUGGAGGUUGAUCGCAUCUGCGAGGGGAACAGGCGCAACAAGGACUGGCUCCAGGAGGCCAUUCCGGCAGUCAUGGUUCAUGCCAUCUACCGGAUGAUCGUCGAAGCCUUUCCACCCGAACAGAGGCUUCUUGCGCAGUACAGCCAGGAGAUGAUCUCCAAAUUGACCCAGAUCGUCCAGCGAGAGGUCACCGGGCUCCCUUGGACGCCACAGACCUGGACCAACCUACGAAAAAGGCUCUUCGCCCCCACAGUGCUGGCCACGCCGCAGCUGAAUCAGCGUGAGUCCAUGGGAGCUUACUUGCGGCGCGAGCGUCGUGAGAGGGAGCAGCAGAAGGACGGAGAGCGUGGACCUUUGAGCUUCGGGCAGGAAGCUAUGAGCGAGGAGCAGCUGGGCAGCGUGCUGAUCAUGCGGAACGAGCGCCUGAUAGAAGCCGCGCAGAACCAGAGGAUCGGCGUGGAGCGCGAUCCAGGGCUCGCAACGAAGGGUUGGACGAGUGAAGCACUCCGCUCACAGCUGGCUCCGGGGGUGGCAGAGAGGCUUGAACAGCUCGCCCAGCGGGCAGAUGAAGUUAGUGUGGACCGGUACGAGGAGCUGGCCCUGGAAGCAGAGGACCUGAUUGUCCGGCAGCUCGAAGACCUUUAUGUGGACGGUGGAUGGGAACCUGGAAAUACGCCACAAGAGCUGUUCUCCAAGCUUGACGAAGAGGACCCCUUUGCUCUCAACGCAGCCGCUGCUGCGAGCUCUGCCGCUCUGCCGUUAGAAACUCCAAAGGAGUACAAACGAAGCUUUUCCCAGAGUGUGAGAAGCGGCAGAGACAGCACGGUUGCUGCGCGACGUGAGCGCGAGCGUCGCGAAGCGGAAGCGCUCGAGAGGCGCCGCCGGGAAGAACUGGCCGAGAAGCAUCUUCGAGCCCCGCUGCCCAAGGAAUUCGAGCCGCGGGGAUUCCAGACGAGCCGCGUCUCUCCAGCUCUUGACCGUCUGUCGUCGACCGAAGGGACGCUGCUCCCAGGUCUGAAAAGCUUGCGGCAGAAGGUGCGUAUGCAGGAGCCGAAGUCACAUAUGCUGCCCGACGCGCCGGAUGCGUCCAUUGCGAGGACGAAGCCCAAAGUCGAAGAGAGGCGGGCCUCCAACCCUCCGUCCGGGGUCGUGAAGGGCCGCCAGGGAUCCAAGGGCAGCGGCGACGCUGGCAGCCAAAGCCAAUCCCAGAACUGCUUCACGGGAGCAGCGGGGGUUGUUCUGUCUCUUGAGCCCGGGAAUGUGAAGGAGGAGGUGAAUGCUAGCCGAUUGCAGCUGCACAUCGAUGCCUUCAGAGAUGCCUCUUUUGACAACAUGAAGAAGGACUUCGACAUCCUCACUGGGCAGAAGAAGCAGCGCUUGGACGCCAUCGCUCUUGACCGGGAUGAGAAGAUGUUUGUGGAGAGGAUGGAGGGGCUGGUCGGAAGUAAGAGCACGCCGGCCGUCCGUCAGCUCAACCCUUUCCUCAAAAAGUCGAAGAGCGUGCCCAAGCUCCUCGGAAACCUCUCCCGAAAGCUUCCGGCGGUCCAGGCUGCACCUGGUUUGGUGGCCGCACCCAAAGCGCCCAAGGCUAAGGAAAAGAGCCAACCCGAGGUGCACCAGUCCGUUUCGUGGGAUGAGCUCACGACCGUGUCGCUGCUGGGGAGGGAGCUGGGAGUGUGA